GCUGGAACAAUCAAUAAGGUAGCCAUACAAUGAAAGCUAUCGUUUGUGUUUUUGUGGCCCUUUUGGCCUCCGUUGCAGCCUACGAUGUGCAACUGCUCAGCGAGGAGCAAUGGAACCAGCUGGUGGAACGCAAUCCUGCCAAGCCCGAUACUCAGGGCCUGAUCUUGAAUGGAUCGGCCAAGAAGGCCAUCAAGGGCUUGAUUAGCCAAUUGCCCUGCGGCUGGCCCCAAUACGGAAUUCCCCCACUGGCACCCUAUACCAAUGCUGAUCUGCGCAUCCACUUGGCCGAGUCUGUUGUCGAUUCCCUUUUGCAGUUCCUGCGCUUCCGCUUCGAUGGCCUCGAGGACAUGGAGAUCAAACAGCUGAAGAUCAGCUACACCUUCAGCAAGAAGGUCAAGUUCCACUUCAAACUUCCCCUGCUAAAGGCCAGUGCUCACUACUUGGAUACCGAUACUUUGGUGGACAUGCUGAAGCAACUGGGAUUGUCUGUGCGCUACGAGAGCUCGGGUCCGUUGUCCUUCAGCCUGAUGGAUCUGUCGAUUCAGGGCGAGUUCAAGUACAAGAUGCCCUUCAUCUUCGGCUCCAUUAAGAUCUACAAGUUUAGCUGUGUGGUCAGUCUGGGCGGUGUGUCCUCAAACAUUGGCGGUGUCAUGGGAAGCGGAAGGAUCAACGAGUAUAUCAACGAAAUGAUCGACAAGGAGGUGCCGGCCUUCAUCAAUGGCAACCAGAAGCAGAUCAGCGCCAAGAUCGAGGAGAUCUUUGUGCCGAUGGUUAAUGCCCAUCUUACGGGUCACAAGAUCUGGUAUCUGUUCAGUCUGCUGAGCGCCACCACUGGCACGUGCAACCCCACCCCCGCCCCCUGGCUGGCCGUGGAGUCCAGGAAAAUAGACUAGGGCAGACACCAUAAAUAAAAAGCAAUUCAAGCCAGAC